AUAUAUCGAAGAUCGAUAUGUCAACCAACAGGAGCGCAGUGACAGAUGGCACAUACUGGUGAAAGUUGGUGUUGGAGAUUAUAUCGUUAUAAUCGAAAGUAAACAAGGUGAAAACAUCCAGAAAUAAAACAACUUAAACAGGCGUCUGCUUCCAGCAAUGGCCUCCCGUGAUAAUACUUAUUUUAUCAUCACUGCAAACCAAAUAGGUUACAGCUGGAUAAAAGCAGGACAAAUUUGCUACAAAACUGGGAGUCUGUAUCCUCAAAAAGACACCGUACAUGUUACAUGCAUCGGUGAUACAACAGGUUAUCGCUUGCCAGUUAAUAUCCUGCAUCCACUGACACAGCAAAAGUCUGAAUUUCUCUUGGCACUUGAAAGCAAUGAAGAGAGACUAAAGGAAUUUGCAAAGCCUGAGAUUUUAGAGCAAGCCAUGGAAUUGACCAUAGGCUCCGAAGUAUUGGUGGAGCAAGAAGGCGAGUGGCUCAAAGGUGUGGUAAGAUACAUCGGCCCGCUCUCUGACCGAAAAAUAACAGAUUCUUGUGGAGGAGUAUUUUUUGGAGUUGAACUGCUGGGAGAAGAUAAGGGCAAAGGUCGUAAUGACGGACGUUUUGGGCACAAAAUCCGCUUUGAAUGUCAGAAAGAUUGUGGAGUUUUUGUCCCUUUCACCAGAAUCAAACCACUGCAUCCCAAACCAUCAGCACCAUGGGUUGGCAUCCUGGAGGAUCCCACACAUGCGCUGUCUGUUGGAGAUCGCAUAACCUACAUUCCCGAUGAUCAAAACGAAUGUCAGCAUGGGAUGAUCCUGAAAUUUAAGUCAGAUGGCAUGAUUUUGGUCUCAACGGACAUCGAUGAACAUGGAAAGGUUGGAGGAGAGAGAGAGAUUCCAUGGCAAUGCGUUAUUAAUAAAGAGGAAGAUGUAAAUGCAUCAGAGUGGCACAGAUCUAAAGGUGAAAUAAUGGACAUCUCUGAAAGUCCAGAUACAGUUAAAGAUCCGAGUGCUGAUGUGGCUAUAAACCUGGGCUCCAGGGUGGUGGUUAAUCUAGCCAAUGGAGCCUCUUUUGCAACAGUGCGUUGGAUUGGAUCUCUUCCAAAUAUGUCUAGCAAAAUGGCUGGCCUGGAACUGGAAAAGGCACACGGGGUGAGCGACGGGACGUUCAAAGACGUUCGCUAUUUCACAUGUCCAACUAAGCACGGCCUCUUCAUCAAGCUCUCGUCUUGUCAGCUCGGUGAGAGUUUCCUGGACCAUGAUGGACAGGAUGUAUCAGCUGUCCCACCCGUGAGGUCAGAGGACGUGAUGAAGGUUCUGGCUGGUCAGAUGAAAGGGAUCCAGGGUCACUGUAACUCAUGUUACAUGGAUGCAUCUCUCUUUAGCUUGUUUUCCUGCUCAUCGGUACUGGACUCUCUUCUGUUUAAAAAGACUAAAGCGAGCAACGAACGCAUCCAGAGAACUCUUCUGAGGGACAUUGUGUGUCCUCUGCGCAGCAAGGGUUUUGUCUCUGCCCACAGCGUGAUGAAACUUCGGGAGGAGGUGAAGGAGCGAGGCCACUGUCCUAGCUACACCACGGAUGAGAAAGAUCCUGAAGAGUUUCUUACUCUCAUCAUGCAAGACAUCUUGUCACUGGAGCCACUGCUGAAACUGAAAUCAUGUAAUCAGAUUAAAGGUCUAACAGAGAUCGAGCAGACGAGUUACUUGUACCAAAUCUUCAUGGAUUACAACCACAGUCUGGUUUUACCGACGGUUCAGCAGCUCCUGGAGCAUUCUUUCUACACCAACGACAUCAAACUAGCAGAGGUACCUUCUUGCCUGAUCCUGACAAUGCCUCGCUCGGGGAAGCAGUUUAAAAUGUUUCCAAAAAUCAUUCCCUCUCUGCAGCUUGAUAUCACUGCUCUUUUGUCCAACGGUCUUCAGCAGUGUGUGUUGUGUAGACAGCUUGCACAUGUGGAGUGUAGCCAAUGCUUCAUAGAUCCAGUUUUCAGCAAUACAGGAAUAAAGGUUUUCUGUGAGACCUGUUCAACUCAGGUGCACUUUGACCCCAGACGACAGUCUCAUAAACCCACAGCCCUGCGUCACCCUGAAGGAUUUCCUUACUCGCGCAGUCCUGGGAGUCCAUCACAAACACUCCCAAGAGAGAAGCUGGAGCUUUUUGCUGUCCUAUGCAUAGAGACUAGCCACUAUGUUUCAUUUGUCAAACAUGGACCAAAAGCGACUGACUGGAUCUUUUUUGACAGCAUGGCUGACCGAAAAGGUGAAACUGAUGGCUUUAACAUUCCAGAGGUUAAAGCAUGUCCAGAAGUGGCACGCUACCUCACUAUGCCGUUAGCUGAGCUGGCUAAGCAGGUACCUCGUGAAAUGGAUGGUGUGGCAAAGAGACUGUUCUGUGAUGGCUAUAUGUACCUGUACCAGAGCCCCAGCAUGGCCCUGUAUCGCUGACACGAUCAAUCAAGACUCAAAAACAAAUUUCUACAAACUUCCCCACACAGCAAACACACAUGUAUUUAAGGAAUACCGACUUUCCUGUCAGAAUGCUAAUAAUUAUUUCUGAAAGUAAACUUUCCUCUUUUUGCUUUAAGCUUUUAAUUGAUUGUUGGACUUUUGGGGACUGAAAAAGUCUACUUGUACAUGUGUACAUACUUCAGCAGUGCCAUGAAACGACCAUUGGACAUAAUUAAUGGGAAAAUUGCUGUUAUUGUUAAAUGUGAGUUUUUACUUAUCCCUUUUUAUAUAGUUUCUAGGGGGCUUUUUACACCUGGUCACUUCAUGUGUUUUCUGUGAUCUGAUAGCUAUCAGACCAGUAAAAAGUCCAGGUCUAAAUGCCCUCCGAAACGUUUUUGAGACGGAUGUAAAUCCGAUCGUUCAAACCACUUCAGUAGGUGGUCUUGGACGCAUUUCAGAUGAAACCGGACAGGUGUAAAUGAAUGUGGUUGUUCAAGCCACAUACGUCAGCGCUAUACUCCUCCCAAACGGAAGUACGUCACUCGCAGGUGAUCUUUCACCCAGGUGUCUCGUUGGGGCUUAAAACGCACUGCUGCCGCCAGCGAAAAUGCAGCAAACAGUAAAUGCUGUUUUUUGUAGCAUAACCGUCGUAACGAGAUUUUUCGUCUUCUUUUUGAUUGCAUUCUGAAAACCACAUACACCAAAGCGUGUUCCAUUUCAAUUACCCCUGGAAAUGAGGUAAAAUAUAUUUGCAUUUUGGGGGGGAGUAGAAAGAUCGGAUUGAUUGAUUGACGCAUUUAUGUGGCCUAAUGUAAAUGGAACAGUUUUAACAAAUCAGAUAGCUAUCGGAUCAGAGAAAACACAUGAAGUGACCAGGUGUAAAAAGGCCCAAGGAAACGACAAUAUCUGGUCUGAUAAAAGAAGAAAAUGGGAAGAAAAGUUUACCAAGUCAAAUUAUUCCAGAAUUACAUUUAUUGCCUUAUUCCCUCACAAAAGAAAUGUAAUAUCUCAAUCACACAAAAUCAUGUUAUUCCAAAUCCAGAAACCAUUUAUACAGGGAUCACUGAGACUAAAGAAAUAAGAUAAACCUAAGAAAUAGCCUGCUGUAUAUGGGAUGGUUUUCAUUUGUAUAUUUGCUAUAGAAAUGAAAGAAAGUCAAGAAUGUGUCCAAAAUGCUGUAUAUUUACUAUUAAGCUGUGUUGUCAAUGGGUUUUGAUCAUAUUAAAAAUGUGUUCCUGUUUGUUUUCGGUG